CUGGACCAGGAGUCAGGAGUGUCACCGGGCUGAACGACUGGCUUCAGGGAACUUCCACGACGCGCGCGUAAAGACGCACAUAACGCGGGCUCAUCCGGAUUUGAGGAUUACAAAAUGAUAUGGACACAUGCAUCUGAGGUGAAUUUUAAACCUGCUCUCCAUAUCUCAAGGCACCAUGGAAAACCAUAACCUGAGUUCUUUCUGCUCACUUUUCAUGGGCGACAACUCCAAAAAGGUCUCCGUGCGUGCUCAAAGAACUGUUUACUCUUGUAACGCCUCUUAACAUAUUCCGUGUUUUAUUGAAGUUCCUUACACACAUUUGAGAUCAGUUUUCCAGUAUCAAUAAAGACAUGCAGAGCCGCGGUGUGCUGAGGAGCUGGGCCGGUCUGUCCGCGGUGCGCUCCUGCUUGCUGCUGCUCUUCAUCCACACGAGCGCACCGGUGGAGCUGAGGAGCCUCCAUGGCGGUCGGGCGCAAAGCCGGCGGCAGCAGCAGCAGCAGCAUUUGGCGCACAUGGAGCGGGUGGAAGGAGCAGAGAGCUUCCCGCUAGACUUUACAGCCGUGGAGGGCAACAUGGACAACUUCAUGGUACAAAUAAAGAACUUGGCGCAGUCGCUGUACCCGUGCUCUGCGCAGAAGCUGGAUCAAGACAUGAAGUUGCACUUUUUGAAGAAUUCAACUGUGACUUGCAAUGACGGGUCGGCAGCAGGGUACUACAUCAAGGAGUCUAAAGGCAGCAAGAGGUGGCUGCUGUUCUUAGAAGGUGGAUGGUACUGUUUCAACAAGCAGACCUGCGACAGCAGGUAUGAGAUGAUGAGGAGACUGAUGAGCUCCACCAAGUGGCCGCAAACCAGAACCGGAACCGGAAUCCUGUCUCCUCAGCCAGAGGAGAACCCUCACUGGUGGAACGCCAACAUUGUCUUCAUCCCGUACUGCUCCAGCGAUGUGUGGAGCGGCGCCACACCAAAGACAGAUCACAGUGAUUAUGCGUUCAUGGGCUCUCUGAUCAUCAGGGAGGUCGUGAACGAGCUGCUGACAAAAGGUCUGGACAGCGCUAAGGUUCUGCUUCUGGCAGGUAGCAGUGCGGGCGGUACGGGUGUCCUGGUGAACGUGGACCACGUCGCAGAGCAGCUGGACUCGCAGGGCCACCGGGGGGUGCAGGUCCGGGGCCUGGCCGACUCCGGCUGGUUCCUGGACAACAAACAGUACAAGUUCACAGACUGCCUGGACACCAUCAGCUGUGCCCCCACCGAGGCCAUAAAGAGAGGCAUCAGGUUCUGGGGCGGUUUGGUGCCAGAGAGCUGCAGACGGGCCCAUCUGGGAGAGGAGUGGAGGUGUUUCUUUGGAUAUAACGUCUUCCCCACCUUAAAAAGCCCGGUGUUCGUGGUGCAGUGGCUGUUCGACGAGGCCCAGCUCACGCUCGACAACAUCCACCUGACGGGGCGGCCCGUCAACGAGGGCCAGUGGAGAUACAUACAGGAGCUGGGACAGGAGCUGAGGAGCACGCUGCGCGACGUCCCGGCGAUGUUUUCUCCGGCCUGUCUGGCACAUGAACUCAUUACUAGAACCGACUGGAUGGACAUUCAGGUGAAGGGCACCUCUCUGCCCAGAGCCCUCCACUGCUGGGACCGCAGCCUCCAAGACCAGAUCCACACCAACGGCAGCAACCGCCACCGCCACCGCCACCACCACCACCAGCACAGGACGCCACCCGCCAGGGGUUGCCCGUUACAUUUGAUUGACAGCUGUCCGUGGCCUCACUGCAAUCCCUCCUGCCCGACUAUUCGAGACCAGCUGACGGGACAGGAGAUGAGCGUCAUCCAGUUCCUGAAGCACAUGGGCUUCGACGUGCAGAAGAUGGCCCAGCAGCAGGGGAUGGACCCCAAUGAGCUCCUGGGCAUGCUCAACAACGGGAGCUGAGUUGCUUUGUUUUUUGAAAACUAAACUCUGUGGAGAAAACUGUCAAUACUGCCAAACAUCGUGUUCCAUCAACGACAAAUAAGACUCAACUUGUGAAAAACAUUGUUGCCGUUGAGCUGUUUGAACAUCACCUGUUUGACCACUUAGAGAUGAAUAUGUUCUGUAGACGCUAUUGCAAGGUGUACACAAAUACAAUGAGGGGGGGAGGGGGGGGUACAAUGUGUGUGUAUUCAGUAAAUAUCUGCCGUACUAGAUGCAUGUGCAGGUGAAACUGUCAUGAUGAUAGUCUAAAAUAGUUUUGAUAAGCAUAACCCAUCACUGUCAGAGAUCCAUCUGUGGUGCUGCUGUUUUACACCCUCAUCCAGAUAUGCUGCUUUUUCUAAUUUUGGAGAAAAAAAACAAUGUAAUGGGUAAUAUUUACUAAUAAAAAGGUAUAAAUAUUAA